UCCUGCUUGAAAAUGUAUAGACUUACAUAUAUAGUAAAUGUGCCUAUAUGUAUUCCACACAACUGGGGCCUGACCUAUCUGCAAGUCAGCAUCACAUCUCCUGCAGCUACAGAGAGGUGCGUAACCCAGGGCGCAUGGAUAAGGUCACGUUCCUCUCCCGUAGGAGAUGAAUGUAAACGAGCGGCUCAACUCCUUCUCCCAACUCCUUCCCGCUGUUACCUGAAGAGGAUGUGGCUUCAAUGCGUGCCCACGACGCCAUCGUUCACCUAGUGCUAAUUCGUUUAUUCCCCGCUCGCUGUCUCGUUAUUUACAUGCCUGCCCAUUGUUCUUCGUAGGGCUACACUGUUCUGUAAGGAAUUUUUUUAUUUAUCUGUCGCCCAUGUUUUUCGGUGUGAAGAAAAGCCGUUGUUGAUGCACCUGCUACUCAGCUGUUUGGAUUUUUCUUCAUUCACGAGCUUGGAGGCGAUGAUGUAUAUGAAAGGGCUCAUGAUGCUGGCUACGUGAAUGGACUACGGUCAGGUUUGUGCUUCUGUCUGUCAGAGAUGUUUUUCGCGUGGAGAAAUUUUAGAGGCUGUGCGCUGAACGAUUUAAGGAUUUUGGAAUCAACAGUCACCCAUCCUGGAUGAUGCAUGGCGAGUUUAUGUUACGUUGCUAUUUGGAGCCUGGUCUUAAAGUGAUCCAUGAGCUUUUACUAUUACCAAUAUCAUCAUGUCCCUGGCAUCGGCUGUGACAGCGAGUGAAAGCAGCACCACCACCGUUCCCGAGGAGGACGCGGAGAGCCCCCGCGAGGAGCAGCGGGCCGUGAAGCAGUCCCUGAGCAAGUCGCUGUGCCGGGAGUCGCACUGGAAAUGCCUGGUGCUGUCGCUGCUCAUGUACUGCUGCGUGGGCGCCAUGGCCUGGUGCCUGGUGACCAAGGUGACGCGGCUGUCCUUCGACAGCGCCUACAAGGGCAAGUCCAUGAUGUAUCACGACAGCCCGUGCGCCAACGGCUACAUCUACAUCCCCCUGGCCUUCCUGGCCAUGCUCUACGUGGUCUACCUGGUGGAGUGCUGGCACUGCUACAGCCGCAACGAGCUGCAGUUCAAGGUGGACGUGGACAGCGUGUCGGAGCGCAUCGGGCGCAUGCAGCAGGCCACACCGUGCAUCUGGUGGAAGGCCAUCAGCUACCAUUACGUGCGGCGCACGCGGCAGGUGACGCGCUACCGCAACGGCGACGCGUACACCACCACGCAGGUGUACCACGAGCGCGUCAACACGCACGUGGCCGCGGCGGAAUUUGACUACGGCAACUGCGGCGUCAAGGACAUCUCGAAGCGGCUGACGGGCCUGGAGGGCUUCCCCGUCACGCGUCUGCGCUUCACCAAGUGCUUCAGCUUCGCCAACGUGGAGUCGGAGAACUCGUACCUGACGCAGCGCGCGCGCUUCUUCACCGAAAACGAGGGUCUGGACGACUACAUGGAGGCGCGUGAGGGCAUGCACCUGAAGAACGUCGACUUCAAGGAGUACGUGGUGGCGUUCGCCGACCCGACACGGCUGCCGUGGUACGCGUCGCACGGCGUCUUCUGGGCGGCGGCGGCGCUCACGUUCUCGUGGCCGCUGCGCGUGCUCACUGAGUACCACACGGCGUCGGCGCACUACCACGUGGAGAAGCUGUUAAACCCGUUCGUGCCAUCACCGGCGUCGCGGAGGCGGCCGCCCUUCUGCCGCCACAUCCCGCGGGUCAACACCAUCGACAGCACCGAGCUGGAGUGGCAUAUCCGCUCCAACCAGCAGCUGGUGCCCAGCUACUCCGAGGCCGUGCUCAUGGACCUGGCACUGGGCAGCGGCGGCGGCGGCGGCAGCAACACCUACGCUUCGUGCGGCGCGGUCGGCGGCAUGAGGAUCGGGACCUUCGGCGGCUACCGGCAGAACUGCGAGCGGUGCCACCGGGCCAUCAGCAGCUCGUCCAUCUUCUCGCGGAGCGCGCUCAGCAUCUGCGCUGGCGGCGGCGGUCCACGCCUGCCCUUCAGCGCCAGCCGCUUCUCCCUCAGCCGCCUGUACGGCUCUCGCCGCAGCUGCCUCUGGCGGAGCCACAGCGGCGGCAGCCUCGGCGACCACGGCUGCCCGACCGAGAGCACGCGCUGCCUGGCCGGACCGUCGCUCUCCUCCGGCGCCACUACCACUGGCGGCGGUGCUCCCGGCGAAGACGCCGCACAGCAGCAGACGCCGGCUCCGCCCUCUUACCAGGACGCCCUCUACUUCCCCGUGCUCAUCGUGCACCGCAACGAGGGCUGCCUCAACCACGACCACCGCUCGCUGCACCGCAACGGCUCCUGCGUGGAGACUUCCUUAUGACGCCACAAGCAGACAUGCUAAGGGAGGGUGAAUAACUAAGGAUACGUUUGGAAGAAUGUAGAGGAGGAAGAGUAAUCCGAGGGUUUAAGAGAGGAAUGUUUACUUUCCCUAGACAGGUAUGCUGCUUUGGGAAUUCCUGUGGUUGACGUUUCCUGGAGUCUCUUUCUUUCUCUCUCUCUCUUCAUGCAGAAGUCCUGUCUAGUUACAUGUCAAAUAAUGAAAUGAAAAUGAAGGUAUUGUGAUAUAUUCAGCCUAUGUGUUUGUGAAGGGAGUAGUGGUCUGUUCAGCUUUUAGCCAGCUGUCAUUUAUCGUAAUGCCGAAAGGGAACUAUCACAACAGGCUCAAAGCACACUCCUCUUUCAAAAUUACCUGUUUUGGUUUUUACUCACUCCAUCUCAAUUUUAUUGUCAGAUUUGUUACACGCGGGAAUUAUUAAAUUAUUCCAACCAUACCAUGGGAUUUCAAGAAAUGAAAUGUGAAAGAGUAGGCAGUGCUUACAGGAACGCUGUUUUCUAGCGUAGAAAACUUGACUGACAAUUAACAACACCUCAGCAGUCAUAUGCUGCAGAAACACUGUUAAAUGUGGGUCAAGAUUUUUUUUAGAUAUGGCGAUGAGUAGACCUAUUUCUUAACAUUGCCAUUUCACACUGAUGAAUAUUACAUGAAUGGCCUUUCAAUCCCAAGGCUAGCCAAAGCUGUGCUUGUGGCAUUUGGUUAGUUUUUCUCUAAAAUGGAGGAGCACAAUAUAGGCUGUUGUGCAAUUUGUUAGGUUUAGAUGUAUGUGAGUGGCCACAUUAUUAAUUGUAUUAUUAUUAUUAUUAUUAGUAUUAUUAGUAUUAUUAGUCCGCAUCAUUACACCUUAUUACACCUAUUACAACAAUCAACCAUUUUUGAAUAGUCAAAGAGUAGGGCUUAUGUGUAUUGCAGCAACUUCCAGAAAGUGAUUCAAAGUAAUAACAACAGAGAUGAUAACAUGCUACAGCUAAUACUGUAAAAUUGCAAACAGGGCACAGUUCACUUCCUGCAUCUCUUGCUCUGGUUGAAAAAAAGGCCCUGACAUACUCAACAUGUCAUUUUGGUUUCUUAGAACUACCUCUUUUUUUGUAAUCUGUUAAGUGCCUGAUGCUGAUGACUCAUGUAGCCUCAAAAUGCUCGCAUCCUUAGUGCUUUGUGACUGAGAUCAGCUACAGAAGGAAAAGUAGGAUUUUUUUAGUAAUAGAGGAGACAGGAUAUGUUUCAAGCACUGAUUUAAGGACCAAGUAAUACAUGAUGAGUAAUGAAUGAUGAAUGAAGAGGGUGUUGAGAGAUGUUGCUUGCUCUCUGCCUCGCACACAUACUGUACAUAGACACACACACACACAAAACGUGUGGGGAUUCUUAUGUUCUAAUGAUAAUAAUGUAAUUUUCCCUGGAAACUUGGAAAAACAACUGAAAAUGGAAGGCUAAGUAUAUAGCUGCCAGACCAGUUUUGGAAGUCAGUAAAGGGUGCAGAGCACUCGUGUCACGGAACAGUAAUCUUCCCUUCGUAAUAAUCUGACAUUUUUGUGCCACAACGAAUCAUGGCCUACUGCAAGAGUAUAAAAUUCCAGGAAAAUUGGACAUUCAGUUUAAUUUGGGCUUUUUAAUUUUUUUUAAGAUGCCCUUGCCGUGUCACAUAAGAACAUAAAAUUCCUUUUUGCAGAAUCCCUCUCCGACUGGAGCAGCUUUCGCUAUUUGAGCUUCGUAAGGCCUUGUCCAGGCAGACAGUCAGGAGACAAAAGGGCUGGAUAACAAACCUGACACCCUGCCGCCGUGCUGCUGACACCUGAAAGAGAAAGAGAGGGGGAUGAGUGAGAAAGAAAGAGAGGUUCCAAAUGAAAGAGGGAAACGAGAGAGAAAGAGAGAGCCCUUGGUCAAAAAUAGUCCACAUAUCUGUGUCGCCGCAGGCUUCACGUUCAUUUAGGAAGUCUAGAUGUUCAAUUUAGAUACAGAGAGAGGGAUCAGAGAGAAAGAGAAUGCUGUGUCAAGGCUGCCACAGUUCAGUUUAAUAUAUUUUUUUAACAGAUUUAAACGACUACAAUAGCAGUGAUGAUGGCAGAGAACCAAUAUCAAUAUCAGAACACUGACAGAUAAAUGACAGAGCCAUAUAGUCUUUCAUCAUGCGUUGCAACAGUAUUGCUAAUGCACAGGUAAUCGUCAUAGAAAUGCAGGGUUAUUCUCUUCUGGAUUUCCCCUAACCACCUUCACUUCUUCCACCACAUGACCCAGUCAGCCACAAGGCCUGAUCAUCAGGAACCUGUAUAGCAUAGUAGUUCAUGAGUAAGUGCAUUCACAGAGGAAAUAGGCCAUGACUAGGGGGACAUUACAUUGAAUGUAAGCUGCCUGGCUGGACGUCACCUUUGGCCCAUAGGCUAUACCCACCGCAAUACGACCACAGCGCGACACACGCUCAUACUAAUCCAGCAACUGACCUGAGAUCAGCUGGCCGACCUGCCCACUCAUAGCCUCCCCUGAGGUGACUCUGUACUCUAUUAGCUCCUUCUAAACGCAUGACUGGAGGGGGGAGGUUAGCGGUGCGCAGACUCCUGCUAUAUAUCUGUGCUAUCUGUUUGACUGUGACCUUCAGCUCUGAGCUCACUGCUUUUGCUCCCCAUCAGCACUAUACACCAUGUUUAUGGCCUCCCUCCCUUUUAUAGAGUCCAUAUCACAAAGAUGCAGGUUGAGCUGAGGGGGUAAAGAUUUUUGAAUAUGAUGACCUUGCCCUGUGGAAAAUGAAGGUGAUAUGAAUGUUGUAUACAUACAGUAUAAAACUGGUCUGUUACUGAAAUGGUGUGGUGCAUGGGAUUGCUCUCUUACAAUACAUCUUCCUGUUCCAAACCUUUUUUCUUUUCUGUGAUAUUCUGCGUAUUUCCACAAAAAAAAAAGAAAGCAUUUUCAAGGCACCAAAAAACAAACACACACUAUAGGGGCCAUGAAGUCUGCCUGUGCUGAGGCCAAAAGUCUUCUGUGCUGCGUUAUCACGUACCUCCCCUAUGGAUUCACCGCUAUGCAACACCUAAUGAAAGCACUUGCCAGGUUGGACCACUCAUUCUUUCCUUCCUUAAUUCCUUCUUUCUGCCAUAUUUUCUUCCAUAAUCCUUUCUUUUCUGACUAUCUUAUGUGUCGGUUGAAGAGGGAUAGGCAGAUCAUGUUUUCAUGCUAUUGAGAGUAGGGUGAGCCCUCCACACACGUUGAGCAAAUGUCCUUGUGAUGUGUAAAUUGCACCUAUUAAGGCUUUGGUGUUUUACAAAAGGGGGGGUCUGUUUGUCGUAAUGAGUCCUACAUCAAGAAGGACCCCCCCCUUGUCUUAAUUCCUAAUUAUCACUCUGAGGUAUUCAAGAGGCUUAUUAUUAAUACACAAUAUUACAGCACAAUAUUUCUUCACCAGGCAGGCCUAUGAUCGGCCUCAUGUUCCUAUACAGCCCUUGUUUAUUUCAUUAGAUUUUAAAACGGAACAGUUGACGGGUCAUGUUUACUCUUAUAUUUGUUUGUGGUUUCAUGUGAGGUAGCUGCUCAGGCAUUAGGUGAAUGUUUUUGUCUUUGAGUCACAAGAACAAUUCCAGGAAAGCAGAGUCGGGGCAAGAUUGACCUCAUUUUGACUGUUAACAUCAAACCCUUUAUCACAAGACAAGAUGUCAUUUUCUUCUGUUUCUCACCUUGCGGUCACCUUGGUGAAUCUCUUUUUAUGAGGUUGUAUACAAUUUUGAGGCUUUCAAGGAAAGACGGGUUUUGUUAAUGUACAUAGAAUAGAGGUGUGAAAAAAAUGUGUGUGGUAUUGUUUGUUUUGUUGAAUGUGCCGCACUUGAACAGCACAUCAUUUGUUUGGGUUUGGUUUAAAGCUAAAUGUAGAGGAUUUGUGAUUGGAUAAGACUAUAUGUGUGUAUAUUCAAUGAUUAAACCAUUCAAUACAGCCUAAUAAUCUCCUUGAAAAGGGGGUCAAAUUUGGAUAACUGACAGUAGAUGUGUGUUUGUAUACUGUAUAUGAAAACAGACCAUGAAGCCUAGAACAUCUUAUGCUUUAAGGGCAAAAUAUUCAGCUGAACAAAAAUUCACUUUUUAUUUCAGCUUGACGUCUGUUUCCUUGGACAUGACAGAACUGGUGCAGUGCGAAUGAUGCCAAGCUCUCUUUUAUAAUACACACACACUGUAAUGAUGACAGUCAAGUGUAAUGGCAUGUUAACCAUUCAGGAUUUCUUCGUGUCAAGAUCAAUUAGAUAAAAAUGGAGGUCAUUGUUUCUUUUUCUUUCAGCCAUGUUUUUUCUACUUCCUUAUUCUGAAGUUGUGUGCGCAAAGCCUGGCUCAAAUGCAGCCAUUCCUGACAGCAACAGACAUUUUUUACUAGAUUAACUCUUUCACUGGUAGGUGUUUAUGGAUUGCUCAAUAAUAAAUGUGUUGGAAUAAAAAUGACAAGUCUGUAUGUAUGUCAACACUUUCACCACACUGCUGCCUUUGCCGUCUGUUACAUACAGUAUACCAGUAAAACAACUGAAAACCAAAUCUGUGUGUUCAAGUCACUUAUGGCAAAUCUAAUAAAAGAAGUCUGUGUCUUUA